GCAGACAUGAUGGACCAAAGCAAGGACGAAUCAAGGAAUGCAUUGUUUAACAUCAUUAAUGGUCACAGUCGGAGCCAAAAGGAAGACAGGAAAAUUAUCCCUAAAAGAGAUCAGUUGUUUGAACUGGAUGUUGACCAAAUCAGCCAACUUUGUGAUCAGAGGAUUUGAACAGCAACUCUCCAAAAAGCUAUGCGUGCGGAGCCAGAUAGUGCUAAGGAAACUCAGGAUGACACUCUAUAUGAAAAUUCAACUUCUAAAAGCUCUAGCAGGCUUACUAAAAGACCAAAUAAUCUAUUCCAAAAUUCAAUCAUCCAAGAAUCCCUGGCCAAUAGCUCGAACAAUGAAAUAAGGAAAGGAGUUGUCUUUCGUAAAACAGCCCAGAGUUAUUACUCCAAGCCUCAUAUGGGCAGAUCGACCCCUGUAGAGUCCAAGCAAAUAAAAUCGAUCCAUUUGCCUAACAUUAUUAAUUGAGCUCAUAUGACAAAUUCGAUGUUUAACAGAUCGAAGGUGUUUAAGGCCAGUCCCAAAAUAGUGAUUGACUCCAACAAAAGAAGGAUCAAUCACUUGAAGAAAUGCAUGAGAAUCUCGAGUAAGCACCACAGCAUGCAGCUGGAUGGGGUCCCCCAUCCAGCUCAUCUGAGGAGCAUCAGUGUUUCUCAUAGCAAGGGGUCUGUGAUGAAGUUAAAGAUGCCUCUAACAGUUACAAAAUCAUUAGAAAGGACAAAUAUUAAAAUAGGCAAUAAGCAUAUUCUUCCUACUCCCAAUAGACAGGUGAAACAGAGCUUCUUGAUGAAUGAGGACCGAUAUGAGGGUCCAAAGAUCCAAACGAUGAGUUUUGGAAAACCCAUUUUUCAAAUUUAUUAAUAGGAGUACAAAGCCAG